CACGAAUUUCACCAGCUGGACAUCAAACUAACCCCUCUAUCCCUACAGACUCGAUUACAAAUUUGCUUGCGAACAACAAGCUGAGCAAUGUCAACGGACGGCAUUCAGUUGCAGACUCUAAGCCCAUCAUCCACUGCSAAUAUGAUUCCAAGUGCAAUCUCGCAAGAUGGUGAUGAAGAUGACUCCCCGGAUUCGCUGGAUUGUAUUUCCACCACUGAAGAACCAUCCAUAUUCUCUGCAUCAAAGAGUUCUUUUCGUCGAUUUAACUACCAACUUUACUUGGCGCUUCUGCUCACAGACWUGUUGCCAACAGUUUACCAGACAGUCCGUAUUCAUUAUCUGGGAGAGUUGCCACAAACAUGGGGUGUUAACAUUGCCUCGCAGCUGCUCUGGGUCAAUGUUCUUUUAGAAGUCUUCCAGGAGUUUUUAAUAAAACCGUUAUUUCAUUGCAUAGGAAAAACUAUCAGCAGSCCCUGCGAAACUGUCAACAAAGUGAAAACUGGUCUUCUUGUGACAUUUGUUKURUAUUUACUGUGUGCGGGAAUAAUUGCCGGAGCAGCGUCRCCGAUGACCGAAUGGAUGGCACAAGAUAAGACGCUCAUCACUAAAACAGUUGCCUAUGUCCGACUGGAACUGAUCGCUUUACUUCUUACGAGCAUGGUCGAGUUUUUGACGGUUGUUUUUGUACUUUUAGACGCUCAACGCCAUAUCUAUGCUAUUCUUGCGAUAAAAAUGAGUCUKUCAAUUAYACUUGAYACGUUUUUCCUCAGUGAGUCGGUGSAUGUCUCUCUGAARCUCGGRGUCAAUGGUAUUGCUUACACAAACRUUGCUACUKCUGGKGUMACGUUGAUAUACGCUUUUUCAGUAUUYAUUAAAAUGUUUCGUGGUUCUGGCUUGCUAGCACGACCUCGAUUCGGUUGGCUACGUGAAUGGUCUUCUGUCGGGCUGUUCUCGGGUCUAGACUCCCUUGUGCGAAACGCAGCUUAUCUGUUGAUGAUCGUUCGUAUGAUGAAUGUAAUCAAACACCAAGGAACAUACUGGUUGGCAAAUUCGUUUGUUUGGUCAUGGUUGUUGUUGCCAUUCAAUUCUCUUUCGAAAGUACUCAUCCAAGAUACCUCGAACGUGCAUGACGUCAUAGCUCAUCGAUUAAAAGCCCCUGCUUAUUACUGGAUCGCUGCAUGUAUUGCGUCAUUAUGGUGCAUCACAAUCCCCGGAUGGAAGACAUUUUUCAACGUGGUACUCAAUAUCAACAACCCAGGGGAAGUUCUUAGGUUGGCGACUAUUCUAGCACCUUUCUAUAUGUUGUAUAUGGUAAACACACUGAUGGAUAGUGUAUUUUAUGGCAAGGGAAAAACAGAGAUGCUGGCCAUACAGUCAAUUAUCACCAAUAUCGUGGUUUAUGGUACCGCGGUUCCCAACAAUAACAAAGAAGAAAAUAUGCUUCUCGAGCUGCAUUACGAUUAG